AUGAAUAAAAAUGCAAGUAAUAAUAUAGGAAAUAAUAUAAUUUAUUCAGAAUCUUUAAUUUCGAGUGAUCAAUUGGAGAUUUUAAAUUCAUUAGAGUUAUGGAAUUUACCAACUCAAAUAACUAAACAAUUAUCAUUACAAGAUCUCACUGAAGGAAAUUUAUCAAUGUUAGAUUCAACAAAUGAUGGUAGUAGUCAAGAAUAUGAAGAAGAGGAAGAAGAAGAAAAGAAUCAAAAAAAUUUUGAAAAAGAAGAAGAAGGAGAAAAUAUUCAAAUGAGACAACUAUAUGAAAAGUAUAGAGAAGAGCAUCAAUCACAAGUAAAGAAACAACAGAUUAUUCAAAAAUUAAAACAACAACAACAACAACAACAACAACAACAACAAGAGAAAGAGAAACAACAACAAGAGAAACAACAAGAUGAAGAAAUGUCAGACUUUGAAAAUAUUCAAAAUUUAAUGGAAGAGGUUCAAAAGAGUGAUGACAAUAACAACAAUAAUGAUAAUAAUAAUAAUAAUAAUAAUAAUCAAACUUCUAAAAGAAAAAGAUUAAAUGAAUUUGAAAGUGACCCUGACGAUAUUUAUGAUUUAUUAGAAAGUAAUACUUUUGCUGGACAUCAAGUCAAAGGCGUCGAUGAAAAUAAAAAACUAAGAGUUGAUAGCGAAGAUCAACAAACGAAAAAGUUAACCACUACAACUACUACCACAACUACUACUACCAAUACCAAUAAUAAUAACAAUAAUAAUAAUAGUGGUAUUGACAGUGGCACUAAAACUAUAGAAGAUGACAAUCAAUUAGAUGAGGAUUUUUUUGAUGGUUUAAACUAUAGUAUUAUAGCCAGUAGUGGUGGUAGUAAUAAUAAUAAUAAUAAUGAUCAAAAUGAUAGUAUCACCACCAAAGAAAAAGAAAGAAGCGAAACAAUUAAAACUCAUAAUGAAGAUGAAAAAAAGAAUAGUCUUUCUUUUAUUAAAUUUGAAAAUCCUAUACCUUCAAAUAAUCCUAUAACCACAACUGUAACUACAACCAGUGCCUCACCAAAGAUAACUGAAAUUCCAAAACAACCAUAUGCAAUAAAGCCAAGUAUUUCAUCUUAUUCAAUACGACCAACUUUACCAACUAAACCAUCGUUAAUCAAAUCGCUAAAUAAUAAUAAUAAUAAUAAUAAUAAUAAUAAUAUUAAUAAUAUUAAUAAUAUUGGAAAUAAAAAUACAACUGUAAAUAAUAGCAACCAUAGUAACCAUAGCAACAACAAUAUUAAUAAUAAUAAUAUAUUUAAAAAUAGCAAUCCAAUUGUUGACACUAAUUUUUCAAGUACUACAAAAACUGAUGAAGCGCAACAAUCCAAAAUAUUUACUGGAAAUCAAUUACCAAAAUCACCUAUUAAUAAUGAAAAUGUCGUCAACAACAACAACAAUAAUGAAAUAAAUAACACCACCACCACCACCACCAACAAUAAUAGUGGUAUUCAUAAAAAUAAUAAUAAUUACAAUAGUGAUAACAGCGAUAAUAGCGAUGAUGGCUUAAAACAGGAAAAAGAAGAACAAAAAGAAGAACAAAAAGAAAAUAAAAAUAAUAAUAAUAAUAAUAAUAAUAAUAAUAAUAAUAAUAAUAAUAAUAAUAAUAAUAAUAAUAAUAAUGAAGUUUUAAAUUUUUCAUUUAGUUUAACAAGUUCAAGUGGAACAAAUGUAAAAAAAACAAUACCAAUUUUAUUGGCAGAUUAUUCUUGCACUUCUGUGAUUCAAGAGGGAGGUUUUGAAAUUAUUGUAAAAAGAAAAGAAAAUAAAUAA